CUCCUGCUCCGGCUGCUGCCCCUCCCGUCGCCGCCGCCCUGCCCCCGCCGGCGCAGAGAACAGGGGCCUGCGCCGGCCAAACCCCAGCCGCGGGGAAGGCGCCGAAGCGGGCGGGGGCCGUGUGAGGGGAGCGCCGCAGCCCCCCGCAGCUGUCAGGAGAGUUUAAAUCACGUCUCCGCAGAGGUGCCGAGUUUGCAAGAAAGGACGUGUUUCUGACGGCUUCCCCACUCUGGGGUGUGCAGGAGGGUCCAAAGGGUGGCAGCAUCAUUUAUUUCUCUGGCGAAACAGAAGAAUGCACUCAGUCACACUUCUCAGCAGCUCUGCAGCCUGUGGAGUGUGUGGGCAGUCUCUGUAUGCAGCAUCCUGGAAAAUGUGUGUUCUCUUGAAGUGAUCUGCUGAAAAGCACGUACUUGUACUGUUGCUCCAGCCUCAGUUGUUGCAUUGCUCUCAAGGGCUGAAAUGCCUAGUGUCUGAUACUCCCUGGGGUCUCCAUUUCGUCUGCCAAAGAAACACUACCUGCUGCAGUUAUCCGGUGAACCCCGAAGAGCAGGGACCCUGAAGAUGGCUCUGUGUGCUUUUUAUGCAGUUUGGAGUUUGUUGCUAGAAGUGGCAAUAGCAUUUGGUCCAGUACCAAGGAUCACUUGGGAACACAAAGAGGUCCAGCUAAUACAUUUUAAUGAAUCAAAAGUGUCAAAUUAUUCAACCUUGCUGUUAAGUGAAGACAAAAAUGUUCUAUAUGUAGGAGCCAGGGAAGUGAUCUUUGCCUUAAACGCAGUGAAUAUUGCUGAGAAGCAGCACGAGUUACACUGGAAGGUCACAGAAGAUAAAAGGACUAAAUGUGCAGUCAAGGGCAAAUCAGAACAGACAGAAUGUCGUAAUUACGUGCGUGUCUUGCAACAGCUGAAUGAUACUUUCCUCUAUGUGUGUGGAACUAAUGCAUUUCAGCCAACAUGUGAUUACCUGAAUUUGAUUUCAUUUGAACUUGGAGGUAAAAAUGAAGAUGGUAAGGGCAGAUGUCCAUUUGAUCCUGCUCAAAGCUACACAUCUGUUAUGGUUGAUGAGGAGCUUUAUUCUGGGACUUCCUACAAUUUCUUGGGAAGUGAACCUAUUAUUUCACGGCACUCUCAUCAGAGCCCUCUGAGAACAGAAUAUGCAAUACCUUGGCUUAAUGAGCCCAACUUUGUUUUUGCUGAUGUGAUAAGAGCAGAUCCAAACAGCACAGAUGGAGAAGACGACAAGAUAUACUUCUUUUUCACUGAGGUGUCUGUGGAGUAUGAAUUUGUAGGAAAACUGAUGAUUCCAAGAAUUGCUAGAGUCUGCAAGAGGGACCAAGGAGGAUUAAGGACCUUGCAGAAAAAAUGGACUUCGUUUCUCAAGGCCAGACUGAUUUGUACCAUCCCUGAUAAGAAUUUAAUUUUCAAUGUUAUCAAUGAUGUUUUUAUUCUCAAAUCUCCAACUUUGAAGGAACCAGUAAUAUAUGGAGUCUUCACCCCACAAUUGAAUAAUGUGGGGUUGUCAGCAGUGUGUGCAUACAAUCUGUCUACUAUAGAAGAGGUUUUCUCAAAAGGAAAAUACAUGCAGAGUGCUACAGUGGAACAGUCUCAUACAAAGUGGGUACGAUACAAUGGGGAAAUUCCUAAUCCUCGACCUGGUGCGUGCAUAAACAAUGAAGCCAGAGCAUCAAACUACAUGAGUUCUCUGAAUUUACCAGACAAAACAUUGCAGUUUGUUAAAGAUCAUCCUCUAAUGGAUGACUCAGUGACCCCAGUAGGAGACAGACCUCGGCUAGUAAAGCGAGAUGUGAAGUAUACACAGAUUGUAGUUGACAGAGUCAGAGCACUCAAUGGCACCAUCUAUGAUGUUAUGUUCAUCGGUACAGAUCGAGGAGCCCUGCACAAAGCUAUCAGUUAUGAAAAUGGAAUGCAUAUUAUUGAAGAAACACAGCUUUUCCCAAAUUUUGAACCAGUCCAAACUCUCUUGCUUUCAUCCAAAACAGGCAGAAGAUACCUCUUUGCUGGUUCAAAUUCUGGUGUGGUGCAGUCUCCUGUGGCAUUCUGUGACAAAUACACCACUUGUGUUGACUGUGUUUUAGCAAGGGAUCCUUACUGUGCUUGGAAACCUCUUGAAGCUUCCUGCAUUGAUAUUUUCAAAGAAGGUGAAAGGGAAAGGAACUGGAUUCAAAACAUAGGUGGAGAUGCAUCUUCUUGUUCUGCCUCAUCUCCUAUACCUUUCCCUCCUACUGGUACCUCCUUUUUGUCCUGUGUGGGAAGUGGUUCACCUCCUUCACCCACCAGUACCCAGCCUGAUGUUUGGUCUAGCAAAGACCCCGUAAAGGUCAUGUUGUUGCCACCUUUCCUAAGUGACCAGGUACAGCAUGUUAGUGUCCGGGGAUCCUUCUACCUCUUCUGCCAAGCCACAGGUCCAGAUAACUCUUACUUUGUCUGGGAGAAGAAUGGAAAAAAGAUGAAGGCAUGCAUCAUGGAGCAAUCUCACAAGCUGCUUGAUGGCAGAGUGCAUGUUUUCAGCUGGGUGAAAGAUGCAGUAUCAGAAAACACAGAAUACAGAUGUUCAUUCAUCUCAAAAGCUGGGAACACAACAUCAGAAGUGCUGAUCACAGUGGAAGAUAAAGAUAGUGCUGGUCAAGAUGCAUGGACCAAAGAAUUUGAUACCUGGAGAAGUGCCAUUAGUGAACAUGACAAGAUGAUGCAAAACUGGAGGAAAACAUGGGAGACCUGCAACAAGAGAAACAGCCUCUAAUGGACAAAGGAAUGUACAGAAGGAGAAAUGUACACAAGUUAAGAGUACCUGUUACUCUUAAUAUAGCAUUUGGAGAUGUCUUUGCAAGCAUUGGUGAUGACAUUAAAACUGAUAUUAAGGAGAAUCACCUCAAGCAUGAAGUGGAAGGGGAUAUUCUUACUGCACCAAAGAAUAACUAAGCUAAAUUACAUGGUACAAGAGAAGCCACCCAUCCCAUGCUGCAACCUUGUCUGUUUUUCUGAUGUCAGCUGUUUCAACUUAAUAAAGAGCAAAAGUAGUCUUAGCAAGACUUGUGCAGUUCAAAGAAUAUAAUAUGAUGAUUUCUGUUUUGAGUUCAUUAAGCCAACCAGGUAAUUUUGGGCUUGAGGAUCUUGGCAUAUGCUUUAGAAAUUAGGGCAUGGAUAACAUUUAUUUAAAGGCAUUUCAACUUGUACACUUAUUUUUCUUUUACUAUGUUUACCCUUAUGUUGCCAGUGUUUUGAAGAACGUUCCUUUCUAGUGUCAGCAAGCUCAUUUGUUCAAACGUAUUUCCUUUGGUAAUUGUGCUGGGUUUGAGUUAAUUUUCUGCAGAGUGGCUGGUAUGAGACUGUUUUGGAUUUGUGCUGAAUAGAGUGUUGAUAAUGGAGAGAUGAUUUUGUUAUUGCUGAGCAAGGCUUGCACAGAGCCAAGACCUUUUCUGCUUUUUGCAUUGCCUUGGUGGCAAGGAAGUGGGGGUGCAAGACAGACUGGGAGGAGACACAGCCAGGACAGGUGACCCCAAAUGACCAAGGGGAUAUUCCAGACCAUGUGGCAUCAUGCACAGGACAUAAAGGCCGGGGGGCACUUGGAGUGAUGUCAUUUGUCUUCCCAAGUAACUAUUAUGUGUGAUGGACCCUGUUCUCAUGGAGAUGGCCAAACACUUGCCUGCCCAUUGGAAGCACUGAAUGAAUUCCUUGUUUUGCUUUGCCUAUGUGCAUGGCUUUUGAUUUCCCUGUUCAACUGUCAUCAUCCAACACACGGGUUUUCUGGCUUUUACCGUUCUGAUUUGCUCCCACUGUGAGAAGCUGGGUAGUGCCUGGUUGCUGGCUGGUCUUCAAAUCAUGACAGUAAUGAAGUUUCUAUACCAAAUAAAGAAGUUGUGACUAAUGCUGAAAAUACAGAUUACAAAGUAUGCAAGAAGACUCUUUAGUUUUUGCAAAUUCUUCUUCUAUAUUUGAGAUAAUGUAGCUUAAAAAUUCUGUGAUGAAUGAAUUCAAAGACCAUUCCUUAUGAUCAAGUGCAGACUGAAAACCUGAGGACCUACACUAUCCACAGUAGAAGUGCUGUACUGCAUUACUGCUCAGAGUUUUGUCCUUCUGCACCUACAAAACAGAAGUCUGAGAUAUAAAGUAAAUGUUCUUUAUUAUCUGUUCAAUGGAUUUCAACAAUCUGGAAGCAAGUAAGAUGCUCCCAAAUAAUCAAUGAGCCCAGAUGGAAAGCUGCUUCAAGCUAUAUCAGAAAGCUUCAUACUCAUCCCUAAGUUCUCUCCUAACUCGUCAGAUUUAGAGUGUUUCCCACAUUAAAGAAAGCAGUCUCCUCAUGCUUGAUCACUUGAAUGAUCCCUUUUUUUUUUUUUUUUUUUUUUUUUUUUGUCAGACCACCUUGUCACACAUGCAGGGUGAAAACUUAUUUUUUACCUUCUUAGCUUAACCAUUUUCCCUGUUUUUCACAUAGGCAUUUCACUAAUGCUGAUGCAGACUUCUGACACCACCAGAGAUAAUUUUUUCUCAUUUUUUGUUCCCAGGACUUCCCUUGAUUGUCUCUCCUCCAUUUGUUCAGCCAAUCUGGAACACACUUAGUUUUGUGCUCCAGAGUUCAGUUCUGUGGAGCUGAGUGGGAAUAUAAAGAUAGGGGUCAGGGUUAUGAAUGAUGUAGCUAAACUCUGCUUGUUUCUGCAGGAAAUUACUUCAAGUAGUAAAAAGUUGCAAAUUUUUUGUUUAGUUCAGUUUUAUGGGGGAAAAAGAGAAGUCUGUGUACAAUGGUAGUACCUAUUAGUACCCACAGCUGUGACACCUUACAGUAAAUUUUUUUAAUACCCUCUAAGAACUGGAAGUAAGUCCCUAAGAUUGUGAAUGACUUAUAAUGUUUCUGAACUUUUAUGUUCUUCUGCAGUAAGACAAAAUAGAAAACAUGGUCAAAAACCAAACUUCCUUACCAACUGGUCCGCAUUCAAUGCAAUGACUUGGUUUAGCAGUUCCAGAAUUUCAGACGUGUAUCCAAGUGACACAGGUACAAAUGAAAAAAUUACAGCUUACCUUUGCAUCAAGUGUAUAUGCUGGCCAAAAGCAUGUUUUGUCACUGGGACCUUUCACCCCCAAUUUCCAUUUAAGAUUAGAGGGAACUAAUACAAAAAGAUCAUCAUCAUAACCAGUGCAUUUCAGCAUAAGGCUGCCUCCCCUUGUCAAUGUUCUUUCCCAGAAGUGACAAAAGUAUCACUAAAUUCCCACAAGACACGCUUAUUUAUGUCACAAGCAUUCUUUAUAGAAUCAGUAUAUUGUAACAGAUUUUAUACAAUUUAUAUUCUACAAAAUUGUUUGCAUUUCAAAAUUAUUUUAAGUUUUUUAAAAUCAGUUCUAUCAUCACAAGGCAGCUACGUUCCAAAGUAUUGCACUACAAAUGUUCAGUAUGGUGAAGCGCUUGCAGACACACCUCAGAGAUGCUGAGCAGCACAUGGCAUCUGUAUCACCCUUCAGAAAAGCUGACAUAAGUUAUAUGUGCAUCCCUCCAAUUACUUUCUUUAGGCUUGUCCUCAAAAAACAGUGUUUAUAUAGGCCACUCCCCCUACGGUGCUCCACCACUAUAAGCACAUUUUGUUUUCAAAAUUUUAUUUCCUCCAGGAUACAAACCUCAUUUCUUAUAAGAUAUAAAUUUUUUCUAUUUAGAUACAAACUGAGAUUACUCCAAAACUCAUGGAUGUACAUACCA